UCGAUAGGGAAAAGCAAAUUACUUAAUUAUCCCUGAGUUUCACAAAACAGAGAAGAGAGGGACGAAGACGCUUCCAAAAAUUGCCCAUAUUUAAUCCUUUUGUCCAAUUUCUUUCUCUUUUUUUAUUAUUUCUUUCAUCCAACUUUCACCGGCGUCAGCAGUAAUUCCGGUGGGUUCGCGAGCUUCGGCACGAUCCUCACCCUUUGCUCUCUAUUUCCCGUUUCUGAUCUUCCCUCUCAAGAUAAGGGUAAAAAGUAUUGGGCGAUUUAACAAAAAACAUAACUUCUCCCGUUACAACCCAGAAGGCAAGGAGGCGGAUGCCCGUAGAAAAGGUCUAAGAAGGGAAAGGAUGGUGUGGCUGAGAGACAUUGUGCCAGCUGCUCAAAACAACAUAAACACGCACUUCAUAUUGUUGGACAAGGGCAAGAUAACCUCGGAUGGUCAAAAUAAGAUGUGCUUGGCGCUUGCGGCGGACAAGACGGCGGCGGUUCACUUGCAGCUGUGGGGUGAGGAGUGUGAUGCAUUUGAGGCAGGUGACAUUAUUAGAAUGGAGAAUGGCAUUUUUUCCUACAACAGGAACAAUCUGGUGCUGAGGGCAGGCAAGAGAGGGAAGGUAGAGAAGUUGGGAGAAUUCACCAUGGAAUUUGUGGAGACACCAAAUAUGAGCGAAAUCAAAUGGGUUCCUGACCCUAAUAAUUUCAAUAAGUAUGUGCAACACUCUGUUAUUUCCCCUCACUCACGCAUUUUCCCCCCAACUCCCUAGGUUUUUCAUUUUCCCAUGCCGGUGUAGUUGUACUUGA